CCUUUCUCUUUUUCUCUUCACUCUCACAGAGAGCCUCGCUAAGAACCUCUCAUCUCCCCAGGAUCGGCAAUCAUGAGCCCUCUGGCAACUCUCAGAAUCGCAGUGUGUGGCAUACUAUUGGCUGCUGGCUGGGAGAAAGUGGGAGGGGCUGAAGAAGCAUCCACAGGCUCUCUGCCGGUUCCCGCUCUGUCUUUCAAAACGCCCGUCAAUGGCAGCGACAUCAAGCUGUUCUCCACUGUGGUCCUUCUGUGCACCCCGGCGAGGGAAACCCCCUACCCCAUCGUCCUCUUCCUGGGACGGGACACCCAGCCACGCACUGAAUUGUUGUCUUUCAAGCUCAGCACUACCGGAGCGGUCCUGUUUAAUCUCCCAGCUAUGGCAGAAAAUGAAGGAAACUUUGUUUGCUGGUAUAAUGUUAGCAGGACUGCAGAAACAUCCGGAUCCAGCAACUCUGUCAACAUAAUCAUCGCCUCUAUACCGCCCCCUACAGUUAGAGUUGUCCCUGACUUCAUUCCUGUUGGUGGAGAUUACAUGGUGUACUGCAACGCCCCCAGCCAGUUCUUCAACAUCACCCUCAGCAUCUACUACCGCGAUUUACGGCCACCCGUGCCAGAGGAAGUGCAGCUGCUGGGAUCUCUGGCAGUAGAGGGCGCCAUUGUAGGCGUCGAGGCGAAGCGCACUGACAUGCCAGCCGGGGCCAGGGUGGAGUAUUUCUGCAGGAUGGAGGUGUUUCACAACCAGCGCCUCUACAAGUCUCCCCUCUCCACCUCCGCCACAGCCACUGCAGAGGAGGCCCCUGUGCGUCUGGUGUCCACGUUACCGGGCCCCGAGUGUGCAGGAGAGCUGCAGAUGCAGGUGAGGGGCUCCUGGGCCCCCGUGUGUGACGACCUGAGCCAGCCGCUGUCCGCCAGGGCCGCCGUGGCCCGUGUGGUGUGCCGGCAGCUGCGCUGCGGUGACGUGGUGCUCACCAGCUACAAGUCAGUCCCCUCCAAGGGGGUGCAAUUCCUCAUGGGUCCAGCAAAGUGCAACGGAACAGAGGCCCAACUCCGGGAGUGUUCCCUCAAAGCCUUCCUAAGCUCAUGCUACCAGGGCAUGCAAGUGGAGGUUGUCUGCUCAGCCUUUCUCCCACCUCCAGUGCUCUCAGUCAGUGGUCACGGUCCCGUUUCCAGUGUUUACGUCUAUGAAAAACAUCCACUGGAAAUAUCCUGCACGCUGAUUGCACAAUGGCUGAGGGGAACACAGAUUAAGUUGGUGGAGGUCACAGACGGGAGGAUCCACAGUGGCUCGAGCGUGGCCCAUGGUGCGUCCCUGACGUGGGAGCUGCAGCCGCCUGUGCGCCCUGGCAAGUACGCGUGCUACGUCACCUUGUACGGCUUCAACCUCAACACCCAGUCCGGCCUGAGCAACAGCGUGAUCGUCACCACUGGCUCCUGGAUGCCGCCAAGUGCUGGGCUCAUUGUCGGAGCUCUUCUCGCCGCUCUGGCUGGAGCGGGGAUACUGGUCUAUAUGUGCGUCUUUCGUGUGACGAAAAAGGGAUCGCAGGAAAAUACAGCACCUCAAGAGGCACGGGUAGAAAUACCUGUAACUACACCAUGGACUGGGGCGGAAAAUACCCCAGGGGCCAACACGGAGAACCCUCAAAUUAGCACAGAGGAUCCCGAAACUGCCCCAGGGAACAUCACGGAGAAUCCGUUGACUACUCCGGCGACAAACACAGAGAACCCUGGGUUCUCCCUUGGGGAAAAACACACAUGAUUUACGGGAUUUCACAGGAACGGGAAUGUUUUUCAAAAUGGCCACGUCAGUGUAUUUCAAUCUACCAGUGUAGUACAAUGUAAUGCAAUGUUUGUUUUUGUUUCAUCACGAUUUGUUGGUUUAGCGUUGUCUAGUUACGCAGACAUCUUUCACACAAUUCUGUUGUAUCACUCUUUAAAAUAUUUUGCACAUUAUUUUAGACAGGCUAUCAAUUAAAUUUAAAUUUUAUAUCGGUUUUACCUUCUCGUUUUUUAAUUUUAUGUCUCUUUUCAGCAUUUUAAUUCUUGCUUUUAUCUUCAUAUCACCUAAUUCAUUUUGAUGUCUUUCAAGUGUAUCUGCUGCAGUGUGUCCAUUACUGGAAAAACACAUUGAGUGCACUGUAUGACAAGAGUGUAUAAACAAAGGUUUUUAGCUGUUAUUUAAGAGGUAAAAUUUGAUAAGAUUUUUUUUAACCUCUGAUGGUGUUUAUAUGUCGAUGGGCAAUGUUCCCCAGUUAGCUUCAUGCUUUUUGUUUUUUAGAAACCCUCCCACAGCCCUCCUUGGAGACAGGAGUUUCCCUCGGCAGCUUUUUUUUUUUUUUGGAGAGUACAUUACAAAGCAAGUCUCAACUUGGAUGAAACUGGACAAGUGGCCACACAUACCAGUGUGAAAGGGAUUAGGUUCUUUUGCACCAAACUGUUAAAAUGCACUUGCAGAAGUUAUCUAUGGGCAAAUAUCGUUUUUGAAGUGGAUCUUUUUUUUACAUUUUUUUUUACUUUCACAAAUUAUGUAUUUAUGGUUCAUAUAUGUACAGGGAAAUGUAUAAAAAUGUUCCUUAAAUUGUCUUUUCAGCUUAGCUCUAUUUUAGGGAUACAAUGCUAUUAAAUAAAAAUAAAAAUAAAAAUAAAAAUAAUCUCCCCCCCC